AUGGACAAAAAGUGGACUAGUUUACCAAGACAUAUUGAGAAUUAUCAACAUGGUGUUAAUUCAUUUUUGGAUUUUGUCUUUAGAACUUUUCUAAAGUCGCCUCUCCCUAGCUCUCAAAGCCUCGCUCUCUGCACCUACCAGCGCCGGCGAGAGACCGUUCCUCCCACCACGUCGCAGCCACCGAGUCAAGUAUGUAACUUGAUUGAAAUUGCUGUUGUUCAUUACUUCAUCUCCAAUUGCUUCAACUGCUUCUGUUUGAUGUCAGUUGAAGCUUAUGCAAUUUGCUGCUCUCAGGCUCUUCUCGAAGCCUUUUACACUUCUCAGUUCCCACCAGCCACCAGCACCAAAGACUUCUUCCCAGUUCCCAGCGAGCACUGACCCAGCAGGCAGCAGCGUUCUUCCCAGCAGCAGCGCCUAGCGACGCCAGCGAGCAUCGACUCAGGAACAUAACUAUAAGUCAGCUUGGGGAGAAAUCCAUUUCUAUAAGUCGGCCAAUACACAUUGUC